CCCCAACGACUGAAGCUCCUCCCUUUCAGCACAUCUGAACGAACGCUGAAGAAGAGAACAUAACUUCUUUUUCAUUUGACUUCCACUACUGGGAAAUACAGUACAACGUACAUAACCUAGAUUUGUUCUUCAACUAAAAGAGCAGUAACAGUAUACUGCUUCAAACGACUGGUUUCCUGAACACACCCUCUUGCAGUGGGGCUGCAUCAACUUCUUUUCAACCUACGUCUCAGACCAACAACAUCUACCACCUAUAGUUUGCCUUCAUUCCCAAGGAUGCCUUUGGGUGGAGGAAAUAAAUGUGGCCGCUGUUCGAAGACAGUUUACUUUGCAGAGGAAGUCCUGUGUGACAAACGGAGCUUUCACAAGUCCUGCUUCCUGUGCAUGGUGUGUGGGAAGAACUUGGACAGCACAACUGUCGCGGUCCAUAUGGAUGAAGUCUACUGCAAAGCAUGCUACGGCAAGAAGUAUGGGCCAAAAGGCUAUGGGUAUGGCCAGGGUGCUGGGACCCUUAGCAUGGACAAAGGAGAAUCAUUGGGUAUUACACAUGAAACACCUGCCCCACAUCAUCCGACCACAAACGCAAACCCCUCCAAGAUGGCUCAGAAGUUCGGAGGGUCAGACAAGUGCCCCCGCUGUGGCAAGGCUGUUUAUGCUGCUGAGAAAGUGAUCGGAGCGGGGAGUUCCUGGCAUAAGAUUGGGUGUUUCACCUGUGCCACAUGUGGGAAAAGCCUGGAGUCAACCACACUAGCUGACAAGGAUGGAGAAAUCUACUGUAAAGGCUGCUACGGCAAAAACUUUGGCCCCAAGGGAUUUGGGUAUGGACUAGGAGCCGGAGCGCUGGCCCACACCCAGUGAGAUCCGAGUCACGUCUCCAUUAUACCGAGCUGCUUUACAGAAGCACAGGGCAGGUUGCAUAAAAAAAUAACUCCAAAAAUCACCAUCAAACAUAAAGAAUGCAAAUGCUUUUUAAUCCUAUGCCUUGUUUUUUUUUUUUUUUGUUUGUUUGUUUGUUGUUGUUGUUGUUUUUUUGUCUCGCCUGUAAUACAAACUUAUCGACAACUUUUUGACCCUGAAAGAAAAUGAGCUUGAGUAGGACCAAAGAUUUAGUCUUGGAAAGGGCCUAUGUUGUUUAUGCACGCACCUUAUAGUUAUUCAGUCAUACAUUAGCUGUACAGUUAUUGAACUCAUGCUUUGAAUUACCUUUGGAUCAAAGUGACAUGUUUGGUUUUUCAAGAAUAAUCAGAAAUCGAAUGCUGGAAAAUCCUCGUUUGUGUGCAUGUUAUACUUCAAAAGGAAACACAAACACAGCUUAUCAUUAUAUGCACGGGAAUACAAAUGAAGCAGCCAGGACGCUUUUGCGUUUUAACGAAAUGCUUUCUGCGCAUUUAAUCUGUCAUGACACUCCUCAUUCUCAGAUGAUCUCAUGAGAUAAAUCCUGUAUGUUGUCAAAAUGAGAGAAUAGCAAUACUGCCAGAAUGUGGGGAAUGUCAGAAAGAACCAGUAAUUAUCUGUUUGUUUGUUUUUUUAAAUGUUUUUUUACAGUAGCUAUUCAAAAGUGUGUUUACUUUGUGACAUGAACCACAUGCAAUAAAGCAACUUUAUAUUAAA